AUGAAGGGGAACUGUUCGAUAACAGCUACUUUUUCAGGAAACAGCUGUGAUUAUGAGGGUGAUCAGUGUGUAAAGCCAGAGGAGUGUCCAUGUCAUCACAAUGGCAGACUUUAUUUCACCAAUGACACCAUCUCUAAAGACUGCAACACAUGCGUUUGUCGAGAGCAGCGCUGGCACUGCGGUCAGGCAUUGUGUUCAGGCACCUGCGUGGCGACUGGUGACCCUCACUACAUCACAUUUGACGGCCGCCAUUACUCCUUUCUGGGGGACUGUGAGUACGUUCUGGUCCAGGAGAGCAGCGGUUUAUUCAGUGUCAGUGCAGAGAACGUUCCCUGCGGGAGUACAGGAGUGACCUGCACUAAAUCAGUCACUCUGACCAUCGGGAACACGGCCAUACACCUGCUGAGAGGUAAAGCCGUGACUGUUAAUGGGAUUCCAGUCACUCUUCCAAAGUCAUACUCUGGCAGUGGCCUGAUACUGGAGCGGGUUGGGUUAUUUGUGUCCCUUUCCUCUCGACUCGGAGUCACUCUGCUCUGGGAUGGAGGUAUGCGUGUUUACGUCCGACUGACGCCACAUUUGCAUGGACGAGUUGGAGGACUGUGUGGAAAUUUUGAUGGAGAUGCAGAAAACGACUUCACUACUAGACAAGGCAUCAUGGAGUCCACUCCAGAGCUGUUUGGAAACUCCUGGAAGAUCAGCCCUUCAUGUCCUGAUGUGGCAGACCAGGACCUCAGAGACCCCUGCAUUAUUAAUCCUCACCGUGUGACGUGGGCCAAAAAGAAGUGUGCAGUGAUCAAUCAGGAGAUCUUUAGCUCAUGUCAUUCAGAAGUGCCGUACCAGCAGUACUACGACUGGUGUGUGUUUGAUGCCUGCGGGUGUGACUCUGGUGGUGAUUGUGAGUGUUUGUGUACUGCUGUAGCUGCGUAUGCAGAAGAGUGUAACCGCAGAGGAGUGUAUGUGCGCUGGAGGUCACAAGAACUCUGCCCUCUGCAGUGUGAGAACGGAUUGGUUUAUGAGGCCUGUGGUGCUGCCUGUUCUCCAGCGUGUCCCAGCACUCCUUCUCUCUCUGACAGCCUGUGCAGCGCCCUCUCCUGUGUGGAGGGCUGUUUCUGUCCUCAAGGCACCGUUUACCAUGACGAUGCAUGUAUUGCUCCAUCUCAGUGUCCAUGUGAGUGGGACGGCUCUGUGUUUCCUGCAGGAGCGACGGUCACGCAGCACUGCCAGAACUGCUCUUGUUCUGCUGGUUUGUGGCAGUGUGUUGGAUCUCCAUGUCCUCCUCCAUCACCCUGUAAGGACUCAGAGUUUCGCUGUUCUGGUGGAUCUGAGCGCUGUAUUCCUGCAGUGUGGGUCUGCGAUAAUGAAGACGACUGUGGGGACGGAUCUGAUGAGGUCUGUCCAAUCACCUGUCCUCCUGAACACUUCCGCUGCUCUGGCGGAGCAUGUUUACCUGUGGAGCUCAGGUGUGAUGGACAUCCAGACUGCGCCGACCAAUCAGAUGAGGACUUCUGUCCUCCGAGCAUACCCGAGUCUGGCUGUCCCUCCGGAGAGUUCAGGUGUGCGAACGGACGCUGUGUGCCGGAGCAUAAAGUCUGUGAUGGGAGGAUGGAUUGCGGAUUUGCUGAUGACUCUGAUGAAUAUGACUGUGGCGUGGUGUGUCGGCCGGAGGAGUUUCGCUGUUCCUCCGGCCGCUGUGUGCUGUUUCUGCACCGCUGUGAUGGUCACGAUGACUGUGGAGAUUACAGUGAUGAGCGAGGGUGUGUGUGUGCUCUCGGAGAGCUCCAGUGUCCCGGAGAUCAGUGUGUGUCUGCAGAGAGAGUGUGUGACGGACACAGAGACUGUCCAUCCGGCAUCGAUGAGCUCAUCUGUCCUGCUAAAGGAUGCAGUCAGUUUGAGUUCGGCUGUACGAGUGGUCAGUGUGUGCCGCUAGCGUGGCGAUGUGAUGGUGAGACCGACUGUCUUGACGGCAGUGAUGAGAAACGCUGUUCUCGCAGCUGUCAGUCUGACCAGUUCCUCUGCCAGAGCGGAGACCAGUGCAUCCUGUACCAGCAGCUCUGUGACGGGACGCCAAACUGUAGAGAUGCCUCAGACGAGAGCCUGGACAACUGCGGAUCCACACGGAUUCCUCCCUGUCCAGGCAGCUUCUCAUGUGAUAAUCGCACAUGUGUGAACGCUUCACGUGUGUGUAACGGCAUUCCUGACUGCCCGAAAGGAGAAGACGAGAUCCUCUGUGAUAAAGUGAGGCCCUCCGCAGCGCCCCCUAGUGAAGGAAACACCAGUCGCAUCUGUCCAGAGUUCACCUGUGCUGAUGGAUCCUGUGUUCCAUUUAAUACGAUGUGUAAUGGAGUAUCAGACUGUCCCGGGGCUGAGGCUUCAGAUGAGUCUGGCUGUGGGGUCUGGGGUCUCUGGGGCCCCUGGAGUGCCUGCAGUCGGAGCUGUGGAUCGGGAAUCAUGAGCCGACAGAGACGCUGCAGUCCGGAGCAUUCAGACUGUAGAGGACAGAAAACACAACGCCAGCAGUGCUACUCCACUGCCUGUCCCGUGGACGGCUACUGGUCACCGUGGUCAACAUGGUCAAACUGCAGUAAAAGCUGUGGUGGUGUUGAAAUACGUCAGAGAGAGUGUGUUCCAGCACAGAACGGAGGCAGAAGCUGUGCAGAAAUACCUGGAGAAACUAACAUGACCACCGAUAUCAGGCCGUGUGCUCAGGAUUGCUCUGAUGUCUCCUGCCCUGCUGGUCUGGUCAGUCACACCUGUGCUUCAUGCCCUUUGACCUGCGCUCAUGUAUCCGGGACCGCGACAUGUGACCCAGACUCAAAGUGCUUCGCAGGCUGCUGGUGUCCUGAAGGGAAGGUGAUGAAUGCAGAUCAUCAGUGUGUUCCUCCAGAGGAGUGUGUGUGUGAGGUGUCUGGCGUUCGCUACUGGCCCGGUCAACAGGUCAAAGUGGGCUGUGACAUCUGUGUGUGUGAGAGAGGCAGAACGCAACACUGUCAGCCUAAUCCAGAGUGCUCAGUUCACUGCGGCUGGUCCUCCUGGUCUCUCUGGGGCGAGUGUUUGGGUCCGUGUGGAGUUCAGAGUGUCCAGUGGUCUUUCCGAAGCCCAAAUAAUCCCACAAAACACGGAAACGGCCGCCAGUGUCGAGGAAUUUAUCGGAAAGCCCGACGCUGUCAGACGGAGCCGUGCAGUGAGUGUGAGUAUCUCGGACACACACAUGCAGUGGGUGAGCGCUGGAAAGGAGGUCAGUGCCAGCUGUGCCAGUGUUUGCCCAACCUCACUGUGCAGUGUGGCCCAUACUGCCCAUAUGCUGCCACUGGAUGCCCACAGGUGUGUGUGUGUGUGUGUGCGAGCGUGUGCUGCAUUUAUGUGUUUUCUGUGGUGUUUGUUCUGUGUAAUGGUUCCACUAUUAUGACGACUACACCAAUGAUCCUGCCAAUAACACUCGGACCCUCCAGACCACCAGAGGGCCCUCCAACAGUGCCCACAUACCCGCUGCCACCCGGAGAUGAGUGUUGGUCACCUCUGGGUGUUCAGUCGCUCCCCGCUGCCAGCUUCAGCUCCUCAUCCCACCAGGCCGGUCACCCUCCGUCUGCUGGACGUCUGAACGCUGGAGACCCUCACCGAGACCUGCAGGGCUGGAGCCCGGAACCAGAACAGUACAGAGAGCUCCCGCACGGGACGCCAGAGGACAGCGGACACCCAUCACAUGGCCCGUACCUGCAGAUAGACCUGCUCACACAACAUAACAUCACAGGUGUGUUGACGCAGGGUGGUGGUGUGUUUGACACAUUUGUGUCCAGCUUUUUUCUGCAGUUCAGCAGUGACGGCCUUCAGUGGUACACAUAUAAAGAGAUGAUCACCGACGCCAGGCCAAAAGCAAAGGUAUUUCAGGGUAACAGUGAUGACCGUGGUGUAUCGCUAGCCCGUCUGGACCGGAUGGUGUCAGCUCGGUUCGUCAGGAUUCUGCCUCAUGAUUUCCAGAAUGGAAUCUAUCUGAGAGUGGAAAUCAUGGGAUGUGCCGACGGCACUGGUCCUGGUGCUGUGUGUCCACCGGGUCAGUUCUCCUGUCCUGCUCCUCCUCCUGGACUCUGCAUUGAGGAGAAGCUCCUCUGUGAUGGAGUUCCUCACUGUCCUGAUGGAGCGGAUGAGAGAGACUGUAAACACACCAAUAUUACCCACAUCACCCCGACUGCUGCUGCGCUCAGGACACCCAGCAAAAUCAGGACCACACCGACCCCUCUGACCACCACUGAAGGAGGACCAGGUCAAAAAGGUGUGUGCGCUUCUGCUCUGGGAUUGGAGGAUGGGCGUGUCCAUUACGGUCAGCUGACCUCAUCCUCAUACAGAGAGAAUAAUCCUGCUGAUGCGGGACGACUCAACGUGGUGCCCAAUGUGAUGGUGAUGGAGCCAGGAUGGAGUCCGUUACCUGCAGACCCUCAUCCGUAUUUCCAGGUGGAUUUCCUGGAGCCCACGUGGGUUUCAGGUGUGGUGACGCAGGGCAGUGAGCGCAUGUGGGGUUACUUGACCAAAUACAGACUGGCCUUCGCUCUGGUGGAGAAUCAGUUCAUCAACUUCACCGAGACCGGAGACACAGACGCUCCUCCAAAGAUGUUUGAGGUGAGGAUGGUCAGUCGGACGCCUGUCACCCGCUGGCUGCACCGGCUGGUCAGAGCUCGAUUUCUCCGCAUCAUUCCUGUAGAGUUUCGACACACUUUCUAUCUGCGCGUUGAAGUGCUGGGAUGUAGAGGAGAUGAGUUGGUGACACCCAGUAGUUUAGUGACCACAGCGCCCCCUGGUGUUCCAGGAGUGCAGAACCACACUGAACCUUCAGGACGUCCCGGACAUCAUAACUACACCUCUGGAGCUCCAGGACUUCAGACCAAGAGUCUACAGGAUGGCAGACCCGGCGUCGCAACACCAACCGGAGGACCAGACCUUCAUAUUAUUACACCUACAGCCACAGCAUUCUGGGAUGCAUCUACACCCUAUGACGAGUUACCCAGAGUUGAGUGUGUGGAGGGUCAGUUCAGCUGCAGGACGUUCGGCUGUGUGGAAGACGAACUCGUGUGUGAUGGGCAUGAAGACUGUCCUGACGGAUCAGAUGAACUUCACUGUGGGUCGGGAUCUCCUCCUCCAGGAUGGGUCUCUCCCUCUCAGCGCCCCCUGCUGCCCAAACUCUGCUCCUCCAAACAGUGGAGCUGCUGGAGUGGAGAGUGUGUGAGUUUGGACAGGAGGUGUGAUCUACACUCAGACUGUGCUGACGGAUCAGACGAGAACGACUGCUUCGACUGUAUUCUGUCCUCUUGGACGUCCUGGAGUCAGUGCAGCGCCUCCUGUGGUUUGGGUUCAAUCUUUCGGCAGAAGAACAUCCUGAGAGACGCUCGACCUGGAGGAUCCUGUGGAGGAGCUCAGUUCGACAGCAGACCCUGUUUCCUGCAGGCCUGUCCUGUGUCGGGUCAGUGGUCAGAGUGGACGCAGUGGUCCGGCUGUGACGUCCCAUGUGCUGGAGGCCUGAUGGUCAGAAACAGGACCUGCUCCAAUCCUCCACCCAAAAACGGCGGUCGUGACUGUGAAGGGAUGAGCAGACAAACACACACCUGUAACACACAGUCCUGCGGCUCCGACACAGACACACAGAGCGGCUGCACUGGAGGAAUGAAACUGAUGGAUGAGUCUGACUGUUUGGCAGGAAAAUUCAGCCCUUGUCCCCUGACCUGCUCUGACCUUCAUUCAGAGAGAAACUGCACAUUAAACUGCACUACAGGAUGUCAUUGUCCUUCUGGGCUCUUCCUCCAGUCUGGCCGGUGUGUGAAUGCCAGUGAAUGCGAGUGUUUCUGGAACGGUUCGCUCAUUCAGCCGGGUCAGGAUGUCAAUAACUCAAGCUGCAGCUCCUGUGUGUGUAAAGAUGGGCGUGUCCUAUGUGAUGAGUCCAGCUGUGUCGCUCGCUGUGAUUGGUCAGCUUGGUCUUCGUGGACGUCAUGUGACAGCAGCUGCGGGACAGGAGUACAGCACCGCUACAGAUCUCCUCUGAGUGCGGUGGGAGCGCUGCAUGUGGAACCGUGUGAAGGAGACUCUACUGAAGCCAGACGCUGCUCCCUUCCCUGUGCAGACGGUGCUGAUGGAGCACAGUGGAGUGAGUGGACGCACUGGUCUGAGUGCAGUAAGACGUGUUUUCAUCAUGUGGACGCUGUGGGUCUGAGGAAACGCUUCAGGAGCUGUAAUCACACACACACCUGUGCAGGAGACGCAGACGAGCAGGAGCCCUGCAACACACUGCACUGCCCUGUCAAUGGAGGCUGGUCGUCCUGGUCCAGCUGGUCUGAUUGUUCAUCUGACUGUGACUCUGGUGUUCAGACGAGGGAGCGGUUCUGCAGUUUCCCACCGCCACUCUACGGAGGCCUCGUCUGUCCUGGUCCACACAUGCAAACACGAGACUGCAACGUCCAGCCCUGCACUGGUGUGUGUCCAGACGGUAUGACGUUCCUGUGGAAGCGUCAGUGUGAGGCUCAGGGUGGCGCGUGUCCACGAGUGUGUCUGGAUGCCAUGGCAGAUGUUCAGUGUGCGUCUGAGUGUUAUGAUGGAUGCUACUGUUCUCCAGGUUUCUAUCUGUUCAAUAAGAGCUGUGUGCGUCUGCAGUUCUGUCCCUGUGUCCACCAGGGGGCGCUACUGAUGCCCGGAGACUCUGUACCGCAGGACAACUGCAACAACUGCACGUGUGUUAAUGGAGAGAUGCAGUGUGGAGAAGAGCCCUGCCCUGUGCAUUGUGGGUGGAGUGAAUGGACCAGCUGGAGCACGUGCAGUAGGACAUGUGACGUGGGCAUCAGACGCCGCUAUCGAUCAGGAACCAAUCCGGCGCCAGCGUUCGGUGGACGUGCAUGUGAGGGCGAACGCAUCGGGCUGGACACAUGCAGCGUUACACCGUGCUUCGGAGUGAAGGGCCCAUGGAGCCGCUGGUCUGAGUGUUCAGUGUCCUGCGGCGGAGGCUACAGGAGCAGAACCAGAGGACCAAUCAGGAGCCACGGCACACAGCAGCAGUUCAGUGCCUGCAACCUGCAGCCCUGCGGUAACAGAAGCGGGUGUUCUGGCGGUCAGCAGUGGUCAGUGUGUGUCAGAGAGCAGCUGCUGUGCUCAGAUUUGGGGACGGAGGCUCAGAAAGAUGCCCACUGCCACCCGGGAUGCCAGUGUCCUGAAGGAUCGGCUCUACAGAAUGGCGAGUGUGUGCCUGUUUCGUUCUGUCACUGUCAUGUAGAUGGAGAGCAGUACAAACCCAGAGCCACCGUCACCAAAGACUGCAACAACUGCACGUGUGAAUCAGGAAAGCUGGUCAACUGUACCAGUGUGGAUUGUGAUAUGGACGGUGGCUGGUCCUCUUGGACCCCAUGGGGUGUGUGUUCAGUGUCGUGUGGUGUGGGUCUUCAGUCUCGGUAUCGCUUCUGUUCUGAUCCGGAGCCUGCUGGAGCUGGUUUACCAUGCACUGGAGCCCGUCGAGAUGACAGAGUGUGUGCUUCAACACCCUGCACUCGAGACGGAGGCUGGAGCGACUGGUCCUCCUGGACGGACUGCAGCAGGUCGUGUGGUGGAGGAGUAAAGAGCCGGAGGAGAGACUGUGAUCGACCAAUCAGGACAGCCGAUGGAGACCAGUGUGAAGGACUGGACACUGAAGUCACACUCUGUAACACACAACACUGUCCAGUGUCGUCUUGUUCACACGUGUAUGGAAGUGUGUUCAGUGCCUGCGGACCCUCGUGCCCACGAUCAUGUGACGACCUCACCUUCUGUGAGUGGCGCUGUGAGCCGGGCUGUUACUGCACUAAUGGUAAAGUCCUGACCUCAAACGGGACGGAGUGUGUGGAGCAAGACUUGUGUCCCUGUCUGGACCUCAACACUGGAGAACGAGUUCAACCCGGAGACACCGUACCGACUCCAGACGCCUGCAACAACUGCACGUGUGAAGGAGGCAGACUGUCCUGCACUGAUCAUCCAUGUCCAGUGGAUGGAGACUGGUGUCAGUGGUCUGACUGGACACCCUGCUCUAAGACCUGUGGGCUGGAGUGGGUAUCCCGCUACAGGAGCUGCUCCUGUCCCGAACCCAUGUCUGGAGGAGCUCCCUGUCCAGACCAGCAGGAGGAGCAUGCCGGACUGGGGGUCCAGAUCCAGAGACAGCCCUGCCCUUCCAUCUCCUACUGUCCUGUUGAUGGUUCGUGGGGCUCCUGGAGCUCGUGGUCAGAGUGUGACGCAUGCGCGGGGGUCUCAGUCAGACAGAGGCAGUGUCACAGUCCUCCAGCGCGCUUCGGUGGUCUGCCCUGCCUCGGGGAGAAUCUGCAGAGCCGCGCGUGUCAUGAUAACACCACCGUCUGCUCAGACUGUGGAGGGGGUCAGCAGGAGUGGGUGUGUGGGAAACCGUGUCCUCGCUCCUGUUCAGAUCUUCAUGCGGAUACGGAGUGUGUGGACACUCCGGGAUCCUGCAGCCGGAGCUGUGGAUGUCCAGGACACACACUGCUGCAAGACGGAGUGUGUGUGGAGCCAGAGAUGUGCCGCUGUAAAUAUCACAACACCAGCACCAGCGCAGUAUCAGACUCAGGUAAUGUCUCCUGGUCAUGGAGCGGCACAUCAGACUGGCAGAUCACAGAACCAGGAGAAACCAUCAGCAGCCACUGCCACAACUGUACAUGUGAAGCAGGAGUCCUGCAGUGUGAUUCAGUUCCUGGUUGCCAUGUUGAUGGUGGAUGGAGCCAAUGGGGUGCCUGGUCUGAUUGCUCCGCCCAGUGUGGAGGCGGGGUUAAGUUGAGGGAUCGUCAGUGUGAUAACCCCGCCCCUCAGAGCAGCGGGAGACAGUGUGCAGGAUCAGAGCGACAGCAGAAACACUGCAACACACACAACUGCACAGACUCUGGCCCGUGGUUGCAGUGGUCGAGGUGGUCUGCCUGCACCGUCAGCUGUGGUGGAGGCUCUCAGAGCCGCAGUCGCUCCUGUUCAACACCUCCAUGUUCAGGCAUGAGACGGCAGAGCAAGACGUGUAACACACAAGUGUGUCUGGAGGUGGGCUGUCCUCCCGGGCGUCUGUACCGUGAGUGUGAGCAUGGCGAGGGCUGUCCGUUCAGCUGUUCUCAGGUCAGUGGUCUGGAGGGCUGUUAUUCAGAGGGCUGUGAUGAAGGCUGCCACUGUCCACCAAACACCUUCCAGCACAACGGAUCCUGCGUCUCUGAAUGUCCAUGUGUGGUGGACUCUGACCUCUUGACCUCUCUACAAAGUGUGUUGGAGACCCCUGACGUGACCUUUGACCUCCAGAACAUCACAUUGGGCUCAGAGCUAAUGUCUGGAGAGGAACUCAUGCUGGAGUGCAGCUCAUGGUGA